AUGGUCCUUGAUGGAUACAGGCAGGGGAGAUACAGCAUGGUUGCUCUGACAUGUGCUCCCUCUCCUCGCCCUCACCACCUGCUUCCUUUCACACCACGCCUCGCCUCUGUCCAGAUAACGUUCAGUGAGCCCAUGGCAUCGCAUGCGGACGCCACUCUCCAUGUCGCCCCCAACACCCCCCCGCUGGGCCGGCAGGUGAGCGCAGCACAGAAGGGGGAGCAGCAACGGGGGGAGAAGCGAAGUAGCGAAAGCAAACGUGAGUGCAGCAGAGGGGGGGGGAGCAGGAGGGGGAAAGGGGGGUGGGUGGGCAGGGCCGUGGAAGCAGUGCUUCCACACCUGCAUCCUGCCGUGCUUCCACACCUGCAUCCUGCCGUGCUGCCACACCUGCAUCCUGCCGUGCUUCCACACCUGCAUCCUGCCGUGCUUCCACACCUGCAUCCUGCCGUGCUUCCACACCUGCAUCCUGCCGUGCUGCCACACCUGCAUCCUGCCGUGCUUCCACACCUGCAUCCUGCCGUGCUUCCACACCUGCAUCCUGCCGUGCUUCCACACCUGCAUCCUGCCGUGCUUCCACACCUGCAUCCUGCCGUGCUUCCACACCUGCAUCCUGCCGUGCUUCCACACCUGCAUCCUGCCGUGCUUCCAAACCUGCAUCCUGCCGUGCUUCCACACCUGCAUCCUGCCGUGCUUCCACACCUGCAUCCUGCCGUGCUUCCACGCCUGCAUCCUGCCGUGCUUCCACACCUGCAUCCUGCCGUGCUUCCACACCUGCAUCCUGCCAUGCUUCCACACCUGCAUCCUGCCGUGCUUCCACGCCUGCAUCCUGCCGUGCUUCCACACCUGCAUCCUGCCGUGCUUCCACACCUGCAUCCUGCCGUGCUUCCACACCUGCAUCCUGCCGUGCUUCCACGCCUGCAUCCUGCCGUGCUUCCACACCUGCAUCCUGCCGUGCUUCCACACCUGCAUCCUGCCGUGCUUCCACACCUGCAUCCUGCCGUGCUUCCACGCCUGCAUCCUGCCGUGCUUCCACACCUGCAUCCUGCCGUGCUUCCACACCUGCAUCCUGCCUGCCACUCUCCUUCAUUCGCCUUGCCCUCAACCUCUCUCCUUCUCUGCACGUACUCCACCUCACCACCCUGCUGCACCCGGCUGGUGGGCGACCCGCUGCAGGUCUACCUGGACAUGGGGCGGUCUGCUGUCCUCUCAAUCCAACCAUGUCAUCCUCCCCUCCCUCCCCCGCCCCCCCCCUGCCAGGUGGGCGACCCGCUGCAGGUCUACCUGGACAUGGGGCGGGCGGCGGGGGCGGCGGGGGGCGGCAGGGCGGAGGAGGGGGACGUGGCGGUGUGGUGGGGGCGGGGGGCGGACGUGCAGCUCACCUUUGCGCGCUUCUCUGACGCCAUGCCCAGCGGCAGGCAGCACGGCCUGCAGCCCCUCAAGUUCCAGGUGCCUCUCAAGUUCCAGGUGCCCCUCAAGUUCCAGGUGCCUCUCAAGUUCCAGGACACGUUGGUGUAUUGGCACGAGGACGACUGCCAGGAUCCCACGCUCAUCGCUCCAGGCACACAGGUGGCAGCGCACAUACCGACGCACAGCUUUGGGCAGUGCGGCAACAAUUUCAACAACUCCAACGAGGACGUGCUCUUCAAUGACACCUGCCCCUCCACGGCAGCGCACGCACAGCACUCACAGAAGUCGCACUGCCUCUCCUCCAAUUACAAGUUCGAACUCGUUGUCGAUGACCCCCGCCUCCUGGGCUUCGUUUCCUGGAAGCUUCUCCGCACGCUUGAAGCAGGCACGGUGCCCAUCUACUAUGGUGCACCUGAUGUGGACAACUUCAUGCCGCCCGGCUCGUACAUCGACGGGAGGAAGCUUCCCACCCCCGCCGAGCUACUUGCCGCCCUGCAGGAGUUGCACCUCGACCCCUUGAAGUACAUGGAUCUGUUUGCCUGGCGCACAUGCGGUGUGUGGGGGCACUACGCCCAUGUGGACGCGCUGGGCUUCCGCUCGCUGCCCUGCCGCCUCUGUGAGGCCGUCAGCGCCCGCCACGGCCGCCUCUUCCACCGCCACUAG